AUGCCCAACGGACUCACCUAUCCCGGUCUACGAUGUGUAUUGGAAUAUUUGGAAGCAGCUCGAAGACUUCAUAUCACCGCCCGUAGCCCCUCUCUCAAACGGAUCGACAAAUCGAUUCCUCUUCGCUUCGAGAAACUUGAUAUAGGCAAUUGGUAUCCAAUCGUCAAUGAUUUAACGAUUGAUUUCUUCAAAAAUGAGAUAAUAUCAUUUUAUCUAUCAAAAAGUCCUGAGAAAAAGCACAAACAACGUACGCCAGUAAAGUCAGAAAAAGCGUUGGAUAUGUGGCUUCACUAUUAUUUUGGAUCAAAAUCAAUAAUGCAUGUAAACAAGAUGGCAUUCAGUUGCUGUCUGCGUAAUUUUACUCUAUCUGAAAACCUUAACUUGAAAGUAAACGAGCUGGACACUCAGCACUCCUCCUUCGAUGAAUUUCUACCAUUUAUUGAUCCGCAGAGUUUUCCUCUCAGACGUCUUACAACAAAAGUUAGAGGACCAGAAUUUUUCGAUCAUCCAGUACUUUUGUCCGCUGAUCAUCUGCUUAUUAUUAUAACCCCCUUGUGCCGAGUCAAGGAACUAACCGAAUUACAAAGAAUUCAAAGAAAAAAUCUGUGGUUCAAACUUAGCCCAUUACAUACAGCAAACGUGAACCAGUUGAUUCUAAACUGGGUGGAAAAUGGAAAAGAAGUGGGAACAAAAUUCGUAUUGAUGGACAUGCAUGGUCCACUUGGACUACAAUUAUGGGAUAGUAGAAUCACUGAAUUUCUGGAUGAAUUGAAGGAAAUCAAUACAAGAUUCCUCCCAAGGUUGCCUCGAUUCUCGAUUCCAAUUAAUCAGAGAUCAAAAAUACUUUGCUAUGGAAUUAAAACAGAACAUGACGGAAAGAGCGUACAACAACUUAUAAUUGAAGUCGUGGAUUCUACUACGCCAGAAUGA